AUGCCUAUCUCCAAGAUCCACGCUCGUUCCGUGUACGACUCGCGCGGCAACCCCACCGUCGAGGUGGAUGUGGUCACCGAGACCGGUCUGCACCGCGCCAUUGUCCCCUCCGGUGCCUCUACUGGCCAGCACGAGGCCGUCGAGCUCCGUGAUGGUGACAAGACCCACUGGGGUGGAAAGGGUGUUCUCCAGGCUGUGAAGAACGUCAACGAGACCAUUGGCCCUGCCCUCAUCAAGGAGAACAUUGACGUCAAGGACCAGGCCAAGGUUGACGCUUUCCUCAACAACCUGGACGGCUCCGCCAACAAGGGCAACCUGGGUGCCAAUGCCAUCCUCGGUGUCAGCUUGGCCAUUGCCAAGGCUGCCGCUGCUGAGAAGGGCGUUCCCCUGUAUGCCCAUAUCUCCGACCUGGCCGGAACCAAGAAGCCCUACGUCCUCCCCGUCCCCUUCCAGAACGUCCUGAACGGUGGCUCCCACGCCGGUGGCCGUCUGGCUUUCCAGGAGUUCAUGAUUGUGCCUGACACCGCUCCCUCCUUCUCCGAGGCUCUCCGUCAGGGCUCCGAGGUCUACCAGAAGCUCAAGGCCCUCGCCAAGAAGAAGUACGGCCAGUCUGCUGGCAACGUCGGCGACGAGGGUGGUGUUGCUCCCGAUAUCCAGACCGCCGAGGAGGCCCUGGACCUGAUCACCGAUGCCAUUGAGCAGGCCGGCUACACCGGCAAGAUGCACAUCGCCAUGGACGUUGCCUCGAGCGAGUUCUACAAGACCGACGCCAAGAAGUACGACCUGGACUUCAAGAACCCGAACAGCGACCCCUCCAAGUGGCUCACCUACGAGCAGCUGGCCGACCUGUACAAGUCGCUGGCCGCCAAGUACCCCAUUGUCAGCAUUGAGGACCCCUUCGCCGAGGACGACUGGGAGGCCUGGAGCUACUUCUACAAGACCUCGGACUUCCAGAUCGUCGGUGACGACCUGACGGUCACCAACCCGCUGCGCAUCAAGAAGGCCAUUGAGCUCAAGUCCUGCAACGCCCUUCUGCUCAAGGUGAACCAGAUCGGUACCAUGACCGAGUCCAUCCAGGCCGCCAAGGACUCCUACGCCGACGGCUGGGGUGUCAUGGUCUCCCACCGCUCCGGUGAGACCGAGGAUGUCACCAUUGCCGACAUUGCUGUCGGUCUGCGCUCGGGCCAGAUCAAGACCGGUGCUCCCGCCCGCUCGGAGCGUCUGGCCAAGCUGAACCAGAUCCUCCGGAUUGAGGAGGAGCUCGGCCCCAACGCCGUGUACGCCGGCCAGAAGUUCCGCACUGCAGUCAACAUGUAA